AUGUCGACGCCAAUUCAGGAGAAGGAACAAUUCUCCUUCCCUGCAUUUCCAGACGAUCCUCACCACACUCACCAUCAGGAACCUUUUCGCCAGGAACGUCGCUCGUCUGAUGAAGAUGGAACUUUGGGAGAUGAACACCCAUACGAAUAUCAUCAUGACCAUCAUAAUCAUCAAGAUCAACACGUCGACAACAAUCACUUGAGGGUUGCCACGAGUUUUUCCCAUGACCCGGAAUACUUGAGCAAAAGAGAUCAAUCGCCUUUAUCCGCCGCUGCACAAAGAGAGCAGUCACGGCGACUUGACGAUGACCUUGAAAUGCUUCGAGUAGAACGUGUGAUAUCGAAUGAAGAAAAGGGUGAUGGCAGCAGUAUGGGUAGAUCAAUGAGGUCGAGAUCUAGGGGGCCUAAUAGAGAACCUAUUGAUGAUUUCGACGUUGAUACUACCCCGAUACACGAGAAGACUAAAAUAUACAGACCACCAGCACAUCCGGCCACAGCACUUGCAAAGUUCUUUAAGAAGGUUCACGGCUCUAGUGUCUUAGUUCGAUACUUUGUCUACAUCACGCCGUUGACGUUGCUACUUUUAAUUCCCGUUUUAUUUGGGCUCUUUCUUUUUAAAAGGGCCACGGUCGGAGGUGUUAAGCUCUUCUGGUUUGGUAUCUGGUUAGAAAUCGUUUGGUUGACAUUAUGGCUUGCAAGAAUUAUUGCCAAAUGCAUUCCUUAUCCAAUGGGUCUCGUUUCUAGCUUAUUCACAAAUAAUAACAAGAAAUGGAGAGAUCUAGGGAAAUCACUAGAGGUACCAGCAACUCUGUUCUUUUGGUGGCUGGCUGUUGAAAUUUCCUUUCUCCCAACCAUGAAGAACCACCAUCUUAAUGGAGACAAGACUACUCGCAGCUGGGAAAAUACCUGCAACAAGAUCAUUGUAUCUGUGCUUGUCGGAGCCACCUUGAACUUCGUCGAGAAAAUCAUCAUUCAACUCAUUGCCAUUAGUUUUCACUUGCGAACAUACGCCGAUAGAAUCGAGAUCAACAAAUUUCAAAUUCAGAGUUUGGUCAAGUUGUACAAGUAUUCCAAGGAAAAGAUUCUCGAGAAAGAUGAGGAUUUCGAGGACCGUAGUGGGAACGCAGGUAUUAAAUCGGGGGCUCGUACUCCAAUGGCUUAUGUCAACAAGGCUCAGAAAAACGCGAAGAAUGUCUUUACCAAGGUUGGUGAUGUAGCUGGUAAGGUGGCUGGAGACUUUACGGGAAGAGCUGUCACAUCAAGUACUCAUCCACAUCAAGUAAUUCUUCAACUUCUUAACACGACAACCGGAUCUCAAGUACUUGCUCGAAGACUUUACCGAACCUUUGUGCACGACGACAUGGAAACCAUUCUGGCGGAGGAUCUAACACUAGCUUUUGACAACGAAGAAGAAGCCGAGGCAGCAUUUACCAUGUUCGAUAAAGAUUUGAACGGUGACAUCUCGAUGGAGGAACUCGAAACAGUUUGUGUUGAAAUUGGACGAGAACGAAAAGCGAUCACCGCUUCCCUCAAGGAUCUGGACUCGGUGGUCAGCAAACUCGAUGACAUACUCUUGUUCAUCGUUGUAGUCAUUACCAUUUUGGUAUUCAUCUCUCUAAUUUCUACUUCUGCAUCUGGUGUCUUGACAUCAGCUGGUUCGUCUGUCUUAGCCCUUUCUUGGUUGUUCACCGCAACUGCUCAAGAGUUUCUGCAAUCGAUCAUCUUCGUUUUCGUCAAGCAUCCUUUCGAUGUUGGUGACCGAGUUACGAUUUACGGAAACACUGGAUCCAAGUUACAAGGAGAUGAUUAUUUCGUCAAGGAAAUUUCGCUUCUCUUCACCGAAUUCAAAAAGAUGGAAGGUCAUGUUGUACAAGCCCCAAACAGUUAUCUCAACACCCUCUUUAUCCUGAAUCAGCGUCGUUCAGGAGGUCUCGCCGAAGCUGUUCCCAUCACUGUCAAAUUCGGCACUUCCAUUGAACAACUCGAGCAACUCCGCGAAGAACUCGUCAAGUUUGUUAAAUCCGAAAAGCGCGAAUACCAAGGCAAGAUCAUUACCGAAGUAACAACCAUUUACGAAAACUACUCCAUCACCUUUAACGUCGUCUUCUUCUACAAGUCCAGUUGGCAAAAUGAAUUAUUGCGUCUCCAACGUCGCAACAAAUUCAUCAUCGCCAUGAUUUGCGCAAUGGAAGAUAUAGGAAUCCAAGGUCCACGCCAACGUCUCGCAGGUUUCACUCAGGAAAAUCCCGUUUUCCUCAAUGGCGCCUAUCCACCUCCCUACAACCCCAACCCCGACCCCUCAGAUUUAGGAUCCGGACCCGGUCCCCGCUCGGGAUCUCUCGCCCGCGAUAACCCACACAUGGGCGAAUACGAACCCCAGAUCGGAGCCCAGCACGCCCCAGGCGUAAACACACACCCCUCCAUCCUCCGCCGUCGCACCUCGGGCUCCCAAUCCAACGCCCGUCGCCGCGGCGAAUCCCUCUCCGCAAUGAACAAACGCGUCGACUUCUCCCUCGGCAUGCAAGGCAUGUCCUCCGGCAUGGACCUCGGCGACGUCUUUGACGACAAACCGCGCGUGCGCAUCCCCGACGUAACCUUCACCUCUCCCUCUCCAGGCCCACACUCGCGCCCCAGUCGCGAAGGCCAAUCCCGGGAAGGACAAUCGCGAGACCGCGAGGAGAGUCUCGCGCGCCAAUCGACGCGGGAAUCCCGCGACUCGCAGCUCGCAAAGGUGACUUCGGCCAAUAGCACGCGUACCCAUCGCAAUCGAUUUUUCUCGCGUGGCAGAGGGAAGUUUUCCGGGGGUGGCGGUCCCGUCGAUGAGGAUGGGACGAGUUUGGAUGAGUUGGAGGCGGGGUUGCAUUCGCAGGGGAGAGAUAUUCACAGUAGCGAAUUGAGAGAUAUACCCGAAGCAUCGGGAUAUUCGACCGCGAAUCCGAGUCCAGGGGGGAGAAUUGAUCCGCGGUCCGGCGUGGUGAGUUCGCAGGCGGUGCAGAGUGAUGGUGGGAGGGAGAGGGGGGAAUUACCGACGGUGGGGAAGAUUGGAGGACCGCCUCGACGGGCUUUUACGGGGGUUUAG